AUGAGCGCUGGAGCAGCGGGGGUGGAAGGGGGCGGAGAGGCGGUGGCGACAAACAGAGGGGACGCCGCCGCGCCGGACGCUGUGCGUGGACAAUGGCCGCCCGCUGAAACAAAAGAGGGCGACGCGGAGACAAAGGGCGGCGGCGCCGUGCCGUCCCCAGAUAGCGGCGACGGCCGCUACAGACGACUUACCUGGCUGUCCCUCGCGGCCGCCCUGUGGGGCACCAGAGGUGUGGGGUUGGGACGCCGUCCCCCCACGGACGACGCAGUGACGUCACGGCAGUGUGCUCCUAAUAGCCUAUCAGCUGGCAAGAUGGGCUCCGCAGCAGAUUGGUUCCGCCCCGCCACGCUCUGCGACACCGCAGAAGCUGCCGCACAGCUGGGGUUGUUCGAGGAGCACUCCGACCUGCUGGAGCUGUUCGAGCGCUUCCGGUCGCUGAAGACGCGCGAGGAGCAGGCGAGCAGCAUGGAGCUGGCCGAGCACGCGACCACCGUGAUGAACUCGCUGGACGAGGCCAUCCGGGCGCUCGACGACGCCGACACCUUCUUCACCUUCGUGGAGCAGGUCGGCGCGUCGCACCGCCGCAUCCCGGGCUUCCAGCCGGAGCUCUUCUGGAAAAUCGAGAAGCCUUUCCUUGACGCAGUGAAGACGACGCUGGGAGACCGGUACACGGACAACGUGGACACUCUCUACCGGGCGACCAUCAAACUCAUCAUCGAGACUCUCAUCAACGGAUUCAACAACGCACAGGACAACCCGCAGGUGCAGCAGAAGGAGCAGUCCUCGUGAGGAGUCGCCAGCUGACGAACCUGGGGUCCUCAGCGCCCCUCCAGGCUCCCAACUGGAACACUAGCCGUAUCGGUGGAGCUGGAACUUCCGACGGCACCACUGGAGCCU